AUGGAUCAACCCGUCCAACUCCUCUCCUACCAACGUCUCAAGUCAAAGAGUACCUUCAUUAUCUCCCUACAGCACGGGAACGGCACCGCAACCCCCAUCUACGAAGUGGCAUGUCUAUCCUCGACACCGAACCUCUCCAUCUCGCGCCUCCAGCCGGCCCCCCAGCAGCAACCACCAUAUGGCCAUCCACCAGCACCACAACAUGGCUAUCCACCAGCACCGCACCCAUACUACCAACAACACCAACCAUACCCUCCUCUUCCUCCUCCAAGCCCAUACCCACCACCCCAGCAAUACCCAGUCUACAACCACCCCCCACCCACCAGAACAACCAUCGGCACCGUCAGCCUCUCCUCCCUCUCCUCCAAAAUCACCCUCUCCAUCCACAACAUCCCCGAAGUCAAAAUGAAGCGGCCGGACUUCCUCGCCUCGGGCCACAAAUUCACCCACCCGCGCCACGGCACCCUUGAAUGGAAAGAGAGUGAUCUCCUCGAGAAACGCUUCAAGCUCGUCGACGCGAACAAGACCGUGCUGGCCCGGUUCGAUAAGUGGAAGUUACCGGACCACCAGCGGCAGCAAUCGGGGUCGUCCUUCUGGGGCGGUUCGUCGUCGUCGAAGAAGAAGAAGACGAAGAAGAAGGCGUGGGCGUUCAAGAUCUAUGUGAAUGCGGAUCCGGAGCUGUUGGAUUGGAUUGUGGUGAGUGGGUUGGGCAUGGUUGAGUAUCGCAUUACUUCGGAUAGGGAGUUGGAGGAGGAGCUUUUGGGAGACGAUGACGAUGACGAUAUUUGGUCGGCUUUGUUUGGGUAG